UGCAAACGAGUAUUGCACUUAAAACAAACUCCUUUCCCAACAACUUGCAAUUAUCUGUUACAAGAUAAUAUGAAUCUAAAUGGUUGUUAGAGCCACUUCAACUUCGUGCAGAAGCUUAAAUUGUAGCUACAGAGCAACAACCGCUGAGCUCCUUCUCAAAGUUCUUCUGUUUUGUAGGCCUACACAUUCUGUCAGCUAACUUAAUUGGUAUAAACUGCUAAAGGUAUAUCAAUGGAUACUCUGGAUUGGGACGUGACGCAGGUCAUCAGAAGCGCGUCUUCUUCAUGGAAAAAUCAGCAACAGCAGAUGAUCAAGGACAGCUUAAUGAUGUCUAAUUCAUACCUUUUUACCCCGGUCAGUAGCAAAGCUGAUUCUUUGAUCAAUCCAAUUCAGCAGCAAUGUCAUGAUAUUGGCUAUUUAAAAGCGCCGUUAGCCAUGAUUCUUCAGGAAUUUGGAGCUGCAUUUGAUCCAAUACACGUCCUUUCUAGUUGGAACAUCCCCCAGCGCCAAGAAGCUGCCACAAGAUUGGCUGCGGAUUCUGUGGCUGCUAAAUCAGGAGCAGGUUCAAGCAGGGAUUGUACUAAAAUGGGUCCUUCUUCUUUUUCUCCACUAAGUAAUAUGCUUUACUUCGGUAAUGACCAAUUGGCAGCUUGUGGCCUAGUGGCUGAUGAUCUUGGUUCUAAUAAUGGCCAACUCACAAAGAGCAGGUCCCUUGAUUGCUUGCUCUCUGCUAACAAUACAAGCAAUUACACGGACACAUCAGUCGAAGAUGAUGGAAUUUCCAUGAUUUUCUCUGAUGAUUCCAAAAGCUCGUGGAAUAACAACAAUGACAAUAUUGCAGUUUCAGCGGGAGAAUCUGCGAUCGAUGCCUUCAACUCGAAACCCAUCGAUGCCAAUGACAGCAAUAAUAUUGAGUGCCCUGUUAAUGAGACGGAUCAACACAACAAUCCAAUAAGAUCUUCGGAAGCAAAGCGUCACAUGACCAAGAGAAGAUACAAUCGCGCUCUGCUCCAACCAGAUUCCUCAUCCAGAGACUCUGGUUUCCAGCUCAUUUCGGAAAUUCAACCCAAAUCCAAGAAACCCAGAUCAGAAAAUAAGCUUCCCAGUUCAGCAAACAUCAAUUUCCAGCAAUCUAGUUCGUCAGCAUCUUCGGCAGACGAUGAGCCAGAUUCAGAAGCAAUUACGCAAAUGAAGGAAAUGAUUUAUUGCGCAGCGGCAUUCAGGCCAAUGAGCUUUGGUACGGAAGUAGAAGCGGAAAAGCCCAAGAGGAAGAACGUAAGAAUAUCAACAGAUCCACAGACAGUUGCGGCAAGACAAAGGAGGGAAAAGAUAAGCGAAAAAAUAAAAAUAUUGCAGAAGAUGGUACCAGGAGGAAGCAAAAUGGACACUGCAUCUAUGCUUGACGAGGCUGCAAAUUAUCUCAAGUUUUUGAGGUCACAAAUUAAAGCGAUGGAAGCUUUUGGUUAUAAAAUAGAUCCAUUAAUUAUGACUAACAUUAGUUCUUUAUCUUCAAUACCAUUCAACUAUCCAUUUUCUAUGCAACCCCAUUUUCCUCUACAAUUAGCUAAUCCAGUCCAGCGUCCCUAUAGUUGACGGGAAGAGGAUAGGAAUGAGAGGGUAUUAAGUGCUUGUGUAAUUAGUACCUUCAAUGUGGACGCUCCAAUUUAUUUUUAUACAAUUUUUAAAAAAUUUAAAUUUAUUAA